CCAAAACAAAAAUCCCCAUUUGGUGACCAAAAUUUACAUUAAUUGCUUUUUUUCCCCAAAUGGGGAUACGAUUUGGGGGUUAAUUUAGGGAACCACAAUUUGGGGCAAAUGAUAACCUACCAGAAAUAUGUACAUAA